CACACAAGACUGAUUUUUUUUUUUUUAAAAAAAAAUUCAGACAGCCUAACAUAUAUUUCUUGAACAGGCCUUAAAAGGCCGCGCUUCCAAGAUUGCCACCUCUUUUCUUUUUUCCCUUCACCUCUUCAUCGGCGACGUGACUUCUGGUAUCAAUGCCUUGUUCUUCAACGGAAUUCUAGGGUUUCAAUGAUUGACAUUGCCAUUUUUCUCCCCAUUUCUUCAUCCUUCACGUUUUUCCAACCGAAUUUGAGCUUACUCUCCCCGAAUUUCCUCUACAUUUUGCUAAAUUCUCAUCGUUUAUCCACCGACUCGUCUCUCUCGAAAUUCCAAGUGAUCACCGACAGUGAGCUCUGUUUCUCAAGAACUUGAUGGUAUGUCCUCUUGGAAGUGGGAGAAUGGAAGCCUUGACAAGGCUUCUUGUAGCUGGAAAUGUCCAACAAACAGCUUCAGAGGAAACAGGCCGCCAUAAAUUAGCUGCUCAGUACAUUCAAAGAGAAUUGAGAGAGGCAGAUGAAGCAAAUUUGAUUGAUGAAAAAGAUAUGCACAUGUUUGGUUUGAGGCCACUUACAGAACCUUUGCAUUUGGUGUGUUGCAAUGCUUGUAAGAAGCCAAUAAAGGCCAGCCAAUACGUUGCCCAUUCAGAGCUUUGUAAGUCAUUAAUCUCUGCAGAAGAAAAUGUUUUGGAGGUCAAUGAUGGUACCGUGCACAAGAAACGCCCGAGGAAAGAGAGGAAAAAGUCACUAACUGCAUACUCUAACAAACCUAUAUCAGGCAGAAAGAAAGCAAAACCUGAAUUGUUAGAUAAUGGUUUUGCUGCAUCAUCAUGCUGUUCGGAGGAGUUUCAUUCAACUGUUUCUAUUCCUAAAGAUAUAAGAAUUUCAUCACACUUAAAUGUGGCCACCAUGAGAAAUAGUUCCAUGGUUAAUCCUGGACCUGUAGAUUGCUCAGAAGGUGCAAUCUUGCACCAGGAAGAACAUUCUAAGAUGCUAAUUGUGGGAAAUCGGCAGCUAUUAGCUGAUUUUGGUGCAGUAAAUGGUGUUACUAAGAGUUGGUCUGCAAAUUCAAGAGAAGCUAUUCCCUUUUCAGGUGAAGAGCAUCAAGAAAGGUCAACUGCUGGCAGUGACAAUACUGGUAGUCGUGCUGCUGCAGUUAAAAUUGCCACUCAAGUCCAAAAAUAUUGUUCAAAGGCUGAAGAUGUUCCACAUCCACUUGCAACUAAGAUGUACUAUUCUCAGAGGGAACUUCGUCUCAGAUCAGCUCUCAGUUAUAUGUAUCAUGAGGCAUCAUGUAAUGACAGUGGCAGCGAGUUUGCCUGUCCAAAAGUAUUAAAAAGUAGUGUGAUGCCAGCUGACAUAUUAUGUCAUAGCAACAACUCCCAUAUACAAAUUAAUUACCAGCAGGAGAAGGCACGUGAUCAUUCCUUUCCGUUGGUCGAAAAGCCAAAUUUACUUCAAAUGGUUGAAUCUGGGGGAUGUCCACCACCUAUGAACAUCACAUCCCAAUUUCCUGUGAAUAAUGUCCUAACACACACCUCCAUUGCCAAUAGUGGAAGCAACUAUAAGUCAAAUUGUUAUUCAUUUGCAGGCCACUCAGGCAAGCAGCUAGAACCUAUGCAGCAGAAUGAGGGAAAUAGAGCAUCUGUACAAAAUUACUGAAGGAACUUUUUUGUAGAGGAAAGUCAAACGUCAUUCCUGUUCACUUUGUAAGGUAGGAUACAUCCGCUGACUGGCCAUGCUAAAUGGUGGGACUAGUCCACCCUAAGCUUCUCCAAUAGAUUCGAGAAAUGGCUCCAUAAUGGAAGACGCAGUGCUAGUUCUUCCUUUGAUUAGAUUCUCUGGUACAUGAAGGUUUUUUUUCUCUCUUGUCUCAGAAAACUAACUGCCAACUGUACAUGAUCUUCCAUACAAAAACAUCCUUGAGGAUGUAGACCCUAGUGACUCAUCAAGAUAUUUCAGAUAUCCUUUUGGAUAAUCAUUUUGUACAAAGAACGUCAAUCACUAAUGAUAUUAACUUUUGUUAAUGCCCUUA